CGUCAAGUCCCUAACAUUUGUGCUCUAUCCUGCGCAUACAAGCCUUACAGACAACCUCUGUCAGCAGAUAAGCAAGACACAGGCCAAUAUGCUGGUGCUACAGCCCUCAAGAGGCGGCGCUUCAUAAGCAAUCGGAUGCGUUACCGAGUCCCUGCUCACCUAUGUUCCCUCGACUUUGGAUAAAGCCGCAGGGCAAUUCGCAACCGAACGCACCCACGAUCAUUGCUCAGGCUUUGUGGUCUCGCUCUCUGCGUGCUAGCAGUCGCCAUGGUCCUCGUUCCCAAGCUCUUCCAGCCCAUCAAGGUCGGCAAUGUCACCCUCCAACACUGCAUUGCUCUCGCGCCCAUGACGCGCAUGCGCUGCACGGGAGAUAAUAUCCCAUUACCCAUCAUUAAGGACCACUACGACCAGCGGGCUCACACGCCUGGGACUCUGCUCAUCUCCGAGGCCGUGCAAAUUCACACAGCAGCCGUUACCUUCCCCAACGUCCCUGGCAUACACAACGACGUGCAGAUAGCGGCGUGGAAGGAGAUCAUAGACGCAGUUCACGCGAAGGACUGUCCUUUCUUCAUGCAGCUCUGGGCGACAGGGCACUAUGUCUCUGCCUCACCUAUCAAGCUGAGGGACGCGAGCGAAACCCCACGCGCGCUCAACAAGGAGGAAAUCAAGGAAUAUAUCCAAUGGUACAGUCAGGCCGCUAUCAAUGCGAUCAAGGCCGGUGCCGAUGGUGUCGAGAUUCAUGGGGCGAAUGGGCAUCUUAUUGACCAGUUCCUGCAGGACGUCUCGAACAUCAGAGAGGACGAGUAUGGCGGCAGCAUCGAGAAUCGUGCUCGCUUCGGCCUCGAAAUCGUCGAUGCAGUCGUCAAAGUCGUGGGUCCCGAGCGAACGGCCAUUCGACUGAGUCCUUGGGGCGUCUACCAUGACACGGGCAUGAAGGAACCGGAACCUCAAUUCGGCUACUUUAUUGAGCAGCUGAAGGCUAGACACCCGGGCCUCACAUACCUGCACCUCGUCGAGGCGCGCGAGCACAGCGUCAUGCUCGAAGAAGCCAAUCAAUCGAAUGACUACCUUCGCAAAAUAUGGGCGCCUCGCCCUCUCGUCAGCUGCGGCGCUUACUCGCGCAAAUUGGCUCUCGAGGUCGCAGAGACCAAGGGCGAUAUUAUCGCGGUCGGGCGGCCCUUCGUGUCCAACCCUGACCUGGUCGAGAGGUGGAGGCACGACUGGCAGCUGUCUCCGUAUAAGCGAGAAUUCUUCUACAUCUCUGGUGGGGGUCCCAAGGGUUAUUCGGACUAUCCCCUUGCCACCGAGGCUCAAAAAUCGAAUCUAGUCGUGUAGCGUCCGUGCUUCAACAAGAAUCAGGAUUUCCCCUCAG